AACAGAGCCAAAAGACCAUGUCGAAAGCUAUGGUUCGUUACAUUAUAGUUGUUGCUGUUCUUGCGCUUGCACUGGGUCAUGUCCCCCAUUGUUUGUCUUCCAAGACAGUUGGAGGAGGAUACCUUUACCCUCAGUUCUACGACCAUUCAUGUCCGAAUGCCCAAGAGAUCGUGAAAAACGUUGUAGCCAAAGCUGUUGCGAAGGAGCCUCGAAUGGCGGCUUCGCUUCUCAGGCUGCACUUCCACGACUGCUUCGUCAAGGGGUGUGACGCGUCGGUAUUGCUAGACAGCAGCGGCAGCAUAAUCAGCGAGAAGAGGUCGAUCCCGAACCGGAACUCGGCUAGAGGAUUUGAGGUGAUAGAUGAGAUAAAAGCGGCAUUAGAAAAGGAGUGUCCUCACACAGUGUCGUGUGCUGAUAUUGUGGCCCUGGCUGCUAGAGAUUCUACCGUUCUGACCGGCGGGCCUAGCUGGGAUGUCCCUCUCGGAAGAAGGGACUCCACCGGUGCGAGCUUGAGCGGCUCAAACAACAACAUUCCCGCUCCGAACAACACGUUCCAAACGAUUCUCACCAAGUUUAAGCUAAAAGGCCUCGACAUUGUCGAUCUCGUAGCACUCUCCGGGAGCCACACCAUAGGAAACGCCCGAUGCACCAGUUUCAGGCAGAGACUCUACAAUCAAUCAGGCAACGGACGACCUGACUACACACUCGAUCAAUCCCACGCCUCGCAACUGCGUGCCAAUUGUCCGAGAUCGGGCGGGGAUCAGAACCUGUUCUUCAUAGAUUUCGUUAGCCCGAUAAAUUUCGACAACAGCUACUUCAAGAACCUAUUGGUGAACAAGGGGCUGUUGAACUCCGACCAAGUGUUUGUCAGCAUGAAUGGUGCAUCGAGGGAGUUGGUGAAGAAGUACGCAUAUAACCAGGAACUCUUCUUUCAGCAAUUCGCCAAGUCCAUGAUUAAGAUGGGAAAUAUUUCGCCGUUGACAGGCAAUAAUGGUCAGAUCAGAAACAAUUGCAGGAAGGUUGAUGCGUAAAACGAUUACUUUUAUGAAUAAAGUUUGUGUAUUAUGUCACGUCGUGUGUUGUAUGGAUUAUUUAUCUGUAUUUUGGACUAAUUUAAAAAAGGGAAUUUAUUUUUUA